UCAAAAAAUAAUUUGCUACCAUAAGCAGCUUGUUCCGCUCUAUUUCGUUCAAAAAAAUAAGAUAAACUAAUCCAAAGUUAUUCGCUCAAAAGAUGCUAUUUCAUUUCUAACGCAGUUUGAAUUAAUUUUUACCUCGACAGCUAAUGGCUGAAGGUGUUGCUGAGUUAGAGGAAGGGGCUUCAUUGAUUUUGCAACCAAGAACUCCGGUUGUUAUAAAAACUGAUGUUCUGUUUGAAAGUCAAUAUAAAGCACUCGAUGAACUUGGAAAAGGAAAAUUUGGAGUUGUAAAAAAAUGUCAAUCCAAAGCAGGCGGAGAAUUUCUAGCUGCAAAGUUUAUCAGAAAAACACCAUCUUCGAAAUCAGAAGUUCUCAGGGAAAUCAAAAUGAUGAAUAUGCUCCAUCAUAAAAGAUUAAUUCUGCUUCAUGAUGCAUUCGAAACGCCAAAAGAGAUGAUUGUCAUCAUGGAGCUUGUUACAGGUGGAGAACUUUUUGAGAAAGUGGUAGAAGAAGAUCAUUUAACAGAACGACAGGUUAUUCGUUACAUGAAGCAAGUCUUUUACGGUGUUCAACAUAUGCACAGCAAAAAUAUGGUACAUUUGGAUUUGAAACCAGAAAACAUACUGUGUUUGAGUGGAGGUAAACCUGGUUACGAAGAGAUUAAACUUAUCGAUUUUGGUAUGACUAGAGUCUUGAAGCCAGGUGAAAAAGAAACUGCAAUGUGUGGAACUCCUGAGUUUGUUGCUCCAGAAGUAAUUAGUUUUAACCCAAUCACAUUGGCAGCUGAUAUAUGGUCUAUUGGUGUAAUAACAUAUGUUCUAUUAAGUGGUAUAUCACCAUUUAUGGGUGAUGAUGACACUGAAACAUUAAAUAAUGUCACUACAGGGGUGUAUGAUUAUGAAGAUGAAGAUGGAACUUUUGAUAAUAUCUCUGAUGAUGCCAAGUUGUUUAUUGACGAAUGCUUGACACUUGACCCGAGAAAACGAUUAACAAUUGAUGAUGCUCUAUCACAUAAGUGGAUAAAAAAUGAAGGAAGCGAAAAAAAACUAAACACUGCAAAUUUAAAAAAAUUUAUUGCACGUAGACGAUGGCAGAGAACUAUGAAUACAAUUAAAGCUGUUAGUCGUCUUGCAGGUGGUUUGAAUAUAAAAGGAACCACUAGCGCAUGUAUGCUGGGAUGUAGUGAUUUUUUAAGCAGAGUGAAAAUACAAGACUCUUUAGAAAAAGAGCAAGAAAAACGUUCUGAAGAAGAUGUUGAAAGUUUACAAAAGAAUAUUGACUUGAAGUGUGAUGAAAAAAAAGAUCAGAAUGAAAAUGACGUUGGUAAAAGAAAAGAUCAUGGGGAUUCAAAAUCUUCUAGGCUGAUAAAACAAGAUCAAGUUGACGACAAGAAAAUACAAAAUAAAAUUAGUGACAAAACAAAACAAGAUCAAAUUAAUGACAGAAAAAAGCAAGAUCAAAAUGAUGACAGAAAAAAACAAGAUCCAAUUAAUGACAGGAAAAAGCAAGAUCAAAUUGAUGACAGGAAAAAACAAGAUCAAAUUGAUGAUAGGAAAAAGCAAGAUCAAAUUGAUGACAAGAAAAAGCAAGAUCAAGUUGAUGAAAAGAAAAAGCAAGAUCAAAUUGAUGACAAGAAAAAGCAAGAUCAAAUUGAUGAAAAAAACAAACAAGAUCAAGAUAAUGACGUAAAAAAACAAGAUCAAAUUGAUGGAAGGAAAAACGAUGGAACUGCAUUGCAUUUAGAAGAUAAAUUAAAGGGUGAAGAUUUUGAGGAUAAUGAUAGCGAAGAAAGAAAGUUAAAACGGGAAGAGGAGAGAAAACGCCGACAAGACGAACGUAAUAUCAAAAAUUCCGUAAUGCAAAAGUCAGAUUCGUUACCGAUGGAUAUCAACGAAAAUGUGAUCCCUGAAGCAAGUAUUGAUGAAAAUAAAAAUCAUGUUCUAAGCAACUCCUUGUUGCCUAACGGAGUAAAACCUUCAACGACCUCAUGUUCUACUUCCACGACAUAUUUGACUUCCUCAACUUCGUGCUUGGUUUCUAAAACAAAUAAAGAUUUAGGUACGAAUAAAGUUUCUCACAAUGUUUUGAGAAAAGUGGAACUUGCGGAUGAAGUCAGAACGAACCGAAGUCAAAGUUUAACGUCGCCGUCUACUAUGAAAAGAAAUCAGAUGCCUUCAGGUAACGUAAAGGAUAGAGCUGCUGCAUUUCAACAAGGUGAUGUGUUUUGGAAGAAUAAACGAUAGAUAAAGAUUAUUUUCUCAUGUUUUUUCAUGUUAUUUGACUGCCAGCCAAUAACUUUUAAUUUAUCGACAUCAGUUUGCUGUAAUACUGUAGAAACUGUAAAUAAAACCUAUGACCUUUAUUACAUUUUAAAUUAUGAGAAGUUUUAAAGUGAAAAAUGUCUUCUGGUUUGUUAAAACUGUUUUUUUUUUUUUUUUUUUUGCUGAUAUGCUGGCUAUUGACAGUUCGCUGCAAAGAAGUUUUAUCUAAAAAAAUGUGGAAUGUAUAUUUUUUUUAUUUAAUCUGCACUUCUUUAUUUCAAAGAAAUAAAAAUUUUAAAAAUGUAAUUGAUGCAUAAUAAUUAUUUAUGAUAUUUAAUUAUGCAUAUAUUGGUUAGUAUUUUUUUAUCUUUGUAGAUUAAUUUUACUGUCAGAAUAUUUCAAAUCUUUUA